CCUUUAGGGUGCGAUGGUCCUCAUGGCAGCCACCAUUUUCAUUCUCUUUUUCUCGACAAGUGUAGAAAUGCUUCUCGUCGGUAAUAUCUUGUGCGGUAUCCCAUGGGGUAUCUUCCAAACCCUUACCACCGCCUACGCUGCUGAAAUUGCUCCCACCGCCAUGCGUGGCUACCUUACAGCCUGGGUAUCCAUGUGCUGGGGUGCUGGCUCGUUCUUGGCCGCAGGUGUGCUCAAAGGUACCAUCACCAUUGAAAGCGACGCCGGCUGGAAGAUCCCCUACGGUCUCCAGUGGAUGUGGAUCCCACCUCUUUUCCUUGUCGCAUGGUUCGCCCCCGAGUCACCAUGGUACCUGAUUCGCCGUGGCAAGAUUGAAGAAUGCGAGAAGAGCCUGCGCCGUCUGGCCCGCCCAGGACACUACACCGAGCAAUCGAUGCGCGAGACUCUUGCCCUUAUGAAGCACACCAACGAAAUGGAAAGGAUGGAGGCCGAGAACGCUAGCUAUGCUGACUGUUUCCGGGGCGAGAACAAGCGCCGUACUCUUAUUGUCUCCAUGGCCUGGAUCAUCCAGAUUUUCAAUGGCCAGUCCAUCACCAACUAUGCGGCACAGAUGCUUCGCGCUAUCGGUAUGAGCGCCACCAACGCCUUCAGCUACACAAUGGGUAUCCAGUCAGUCAACAUCUUCGCCACCGCAAUCGCUAUCUGGGCAAUGGGCCGGGUUGGCCGCCGUACCUUCUACCUCUACGGUUCUGCAUCCAUCGGCCUCUGCAUGCUUAUCGUUGGCAUCAUGGGUUUCGCCGUGGAUUCCGCCACGGACGUCGCCAUCCCCGUCGCCGUUUUCCUCAUCUUCGUCCAAAUCGCUUUCAAAAUCUCUCUCGGCCCGACUACCUAUGUCAUCGUGGGUGAAAUGUCCGCGUCCCGUGUUCGUGCUCAGACCAUCGUCAUCGGUCGUUCCCUCUACGUCUGUGGCCAGAUUGCUGUGCAGCAGCUCAACCCCCGCAUGCUCAACAACGAUCCCACCGCAUGGAAUUGGGGCGCGAAGACUGGCAUGUUCUACUUUGGCUUUUGCUUGCUCUGGGUGAUCUGGAUCUUCUUCUUCCUUCCCGAGACCAAGGAUCGGUCCUUUGCCGAAAUCGACUACCUCUUCAAGAAGAAGACGCCCGCCCGCAAGUUCCGCACUGCUACCGUCGACUUAUUUGAGUUUGCGCCAGAGGACAAGCUACAAGAGGAUCUUGGUGAGAAGAGUGCGAUGCAUAGUUCGCAGAGAGAAGUUGUGUAGCCAGAGCAACGCUAGCUGGCGCUCUUUGACAUGAUGGUCAGUGAGUCGUAUGAAUAAGGACACAAUGCGUGUGCAAUGAUAUUAUUAAUUCGUCCGCCGUCA